GGUCGUGUUGGUAUGGAGAAAAGGGGUAAGCUGUUCAUGGAGAAAAGGGCUAAAGUGCUUCUGGGGAAGUACGAAGUUGAUAGAUAUUUAGGUCAAGGCACCUUUGCAAAGGUUUAUAGAGCAAGGAACAUCGAAACUAAUAAGAUUGUGGCCAUUAAAGCAAUCGCCAGAGAUAAGGUUGAAAAAGAAGGAUUAGUUGUUCAGACAGAAAGAGAGAUAACUAUCAUGAGAAUGCUUAAACACCCUAACAUAGUGCAGCUCUAUGAUGUCAUGAACACCAAAGACAAGAUCUGCCUAGUCAUGGAAUAUGCGAAAGGAGGUGAGCUUUUCCACAAAAUAGCUAAAGGAAAGCUGGAUGAGGACGUUGCAAGAAAUUACUUCCAGCAGUUGAUCACCACGGUUGACUUCUGUCACAAGAAUGGUGUUUACCACCGCGAUUUGAAGCCUGAGAACUUGCUGCUAGAUGAAAAAGGAGUGUUGAAGGUAUCGGAUUUUGGGUUGAGUGCGCUUGCUGAUUCGAAGAGGGAAGAUGGUUUACUCCAUACAAGUUGCGGCACUCCUUAUUUAGCUCCUGAAGUGUUAAGCAAGAAAGCCUAUGAUGGAGCCAAAGCUGAUAUAUGGUCUUGUGGGGUGAUCUUGUAUGCACUUUUGGCUGGUCAGGUUCCAUUUCGUGAUCGAAGUACGAUACUCAUGUGUAGAAAAAUAUGCGAAGCAGAUUAUAGUUGUCCCAGGUGGUUUCCAGAUGAAGUGAGGAGCCUACUGUCUAAGAUCCUCAACCCAGAUCCAGAUAAAAGGAUUCUUAUAUCAGAGAUAGUGAAAACUUACUGGUUUAGAAAAGGCUCCAAAUCCAUUACGACCAGAACAGAAGUAGAAGAGCCAGGUUUGUUGGGUGCUAGUGCCGGGUUUGAUGAUGGUAACAACAGUGAGCAACAAGAGCUUGCUAGACCAACCUCUUCGAACCAUUUUGAUAUCAUAACUCUUCCAAGUAAUUUAGAUCUGUCUGGUUUGAUCAAGAUAUUCAUGGUCCGAGUUGCCAGCGUGUGUUCUUCCAAAUUCCCAGCAACACUUUCAUGA